UCAUCGCAAAGGCCUUGGAAAAUGAAAUGAUCAACAAUGUCAGAGAAAUCAGCGUAUUAAGUUGUUACAAAAUCAGUUGUUAUCACAGCGAGUAAAUGGGACACAAAGGCCACAGGACCAGAAGGAAAGUCAAAGUGCAACGGAAGGGCCAUCCUCCACAGAAAACUAAAGUAAAGCCGCCCACAAGGCAUCACCACGCCCACAUCCACUCAAGCCGUCAUCCUCGCCCGAGAACUCAGAAAUCUGAGGUGCUCCACGACAACUGCUGCAGGUACAAGAUCCAUACGAGAGCCAUGAGACGCUAUCAGUGCGACCUGGCCACCCAGUGCCCCUCCCGCACCAUCAGUCUCGCCCCCUCUGUGCCGCUCCUGCAACAUCCUGUCCGGCGGAAGGUGCUCCAUCUGCCGGAAACGGUGGUCAUGCACAUGCGGAAUGUGGAGGACGCCCGCCGCGUGGCGGUUGACAACAGGAGAACCCUAAUACAGACCCAUGUUUCGGUGCCGGAUGGGGAAGCUGGGAAUGAUCCACACCAAGUCGAUCUGAGGUGAGGCAAGUCUACAGAAGAGGAAGGGAGAGGCCCUUAUCCAGCUGCAUGGAUAUGGAUGACUUGUAUGCGGAUCCGUUUCAGUAACGAUGGGUUAAACAACUCGUUUACAGAAAGCCCAGGAGUCCUAAUCUUUGCUAGUUGCCAAUCCACAUAUCCCGCGAGACGAGGGAUUCCUCUGCUACUCCUAACUAGUUGCUUCGCCCUAGUGCCCCAUGGGCAUAUCGUGAUCAUCCACAAGGCCACGCCCCUCCUCCAGUCUGGCCGCCCACCCAAGCUGUCCAGCACAAUUAAUUUUGCCCCGGCUUGUCAGCUUAUUGUUUAUCUACAUAACUACGGAACACGGCGAACAGAGACCAGAGUACAGGGAACAGAACAGGGAACAGAGGACGGCUGCCCUGAGCUGUCGUGUCAUUUAUUCUGCUGCUCCGAACGGGCUCGACUUUCGAUAUCCUUUGGGCCGUGGUGCAGUUGCCACACCAUUUAUGCCAUUAAGUCAUUAGCUUUGUUUAACAAAUAACAAACUGUCAAUGAGUGAUUAA